AUGAGCUCGCCCACAAACCCUCCUGGUCCUCUCACUCCCCCUGCAGAACCCUCCUCACAAGCGCCUCAGACCACGCAAGCCUCUCAACCAUCAGCACCACCCCAGGUCGAAGCACUCCUCUCACAACCCUUGACCUCACUCUCAGACGAUGGAAGUUCGAGCAGACCCCGGGAUCACCGACUGAUCCACCUGCUACUCGUGUCUCACGGCAUCGCAGCAUAUCAGCAGCGCGUUCCCCUCCAACUCAUGGACUUUGCCUACCGAUACACCAGUUCCGUUCUCGCUGACGCCCUCCAUAUUCAAAAUGAGGCCUACGACCAAGCCGACGGAGGAACUCAGAGUAAAGGUCGGGGCUCCAAGGCAAAUCCGAACAAAGGCGAAGAAGGCGACAUCAGCCUCGCUGCUCUGCGGAUGUCAAUAGGCUCGAGAAUGGGAUACCAGUUCCAGGGAAGCCUGCCAAAGGAGUUUCUCAAGCAGUUGGCGGACGAGAGGAAUCGAAUAUCGAUGCAGACUCAAAUACGGGACAGUGACAAGAGCGGGCCGAUGAUAGGAGGUGUGCGACUUCCACAUGAAAAAUAUUGCCUGACGGGCGUGGGCUGGGGUCUGAAGGAUGAAUGGGACAGCGAAGGCGAGGAAAGCGAGGAUCAGGCCGAGGGAGAAGAGCGCCCUGAACCGGAAGAUCUCAUGCAAAUGGACGAGAAAGAAGGUAACGAAGACGAAGAGGGCCUGGGCACCAUGGAGGAUGUGUUUGGUCCCGACGAUGGAGGAGGUGAAAAAGAAGCAGACGCAGAUGGGGAUGUGGACCUGUCGUAG